AUGGACCGGGUUGGCGUGCACUUUCACGACACGUACGGGCAGGCAGUGGCAAACACCUUGGUGGCCUUGCAGUUUGGUGUGACCAAAGUGGAUGCUGCUGUGGGCGGCGUGGGCGGCUGCCCCUUUGCCGGGCCAGGUGCCAGCGGCAACGUGGCCACCGAAGACUUGCUGCAACUCCUGGAGGGUCUUGGCGUGCACACGGGCUUAGACAUGACCAAGCUGGCCGAGACGGGGCAGUGGCUCACUGAGCAGGUGCUGGGUAGGCCCAACGGUGCCAAGGUGCGCCUUGCAGGGGCCGGCCACCGCGCGUGCGCAGUCUGGGCGGAAAGGAUUGAGGGGCAUGAAGGCGUGGCCAGCCGUGUGGAAGAAGCGCAAGAGCGGCAGACAGCCCUGGCGCUGCAGGGAAGGCAGCCAUGGGUGCAAUCCGAGACGUGGAUGGUCACGCUGGCAGACGCAGCCACGCUUCACAGGGCCUGUGCCAACGCCAACAUCACGACCGCUGGCGGGGCUCAAAGUGUUGGAGGCGGGGCUCAAAGUCCUGGAGGGGGCGGGGUCUAA